UGUGCUGUAACUAACGGAGGACUACGGUUGCCUUUUCUUUGCCUGAACACAUAGCAUAGUGCACUUCAAGGCAAAAAGGUGGAACGCACUGAAACGGAUUUCCCUACAACAUAGCUUUAAAGCCAAACGAAUUUGAAAAGCAGUUGUUCCAUAUCGUAUUGCAUGUGCCAUGGAACUUUCCCAACAUUUCCCAAAGCAGGAGACCCCGUUUGAGCAGUUGGUUGGAACGCGGGAGGUCGGAACGCGUUUCAAAUGUCCAGAUUAUCAAUGCAACUACCUGUUGGCCACCCUUUUAGCUCAAGGAAUGGAGAUGAACAAAAUCAAAACUGCCCUUCAUCAGCUGAGGAAUGCUGUGAAAGACUGUCAAUUGAAUGACUCUAGCGAUGAAUUCCUUCUUAAAUGGCUAAAAGCACAUGAUUUCGAUGUAGCUCGAGCCACCAAAAUGCUCAGACAGACAUUAGAAUGGCGGCGAGUAAACGGAGUGGAUAAACUCUUAGAUACGUUCAAAAUUAGCGAUGUGAUGAAAAAAUAUUUUUCCGUCGGACGAGUUGGAGUUGACAAAUACGGGUGCCCACUUUACGUUUCUGCAAUGGGAAGAAUGGACAUGAAAGGAAUUCUGUUAUCUACAAAGAAAAACGAAUUAUCAGAAAUGUUGAUUUAUAGAGAAGAGAAGUAUAUUAAGGCGGCUAGAGAGGAACGUGAACGAACAGGUAGGCCGAUCGCGACGCAUACGAUCAUCUUCGACUUCGAUCAUCUAUCGAUGAAACAGCUAACGUGCAAGCCAGUUGCCUUUGAGUUAAUGGCUUUCACCAGAUUACAGUUGGCCCACUACCCUUUAAAUCUUCGUCGGGCGUUCAUCAUUAACGCCCCCAAGUUAUCUUUUCAACUGUUGUUCGCUAUGUUGAAUCCGUUCCUACCCGAGACUGCCACCGCGUGUCUGAGAGUUUUUGGUAACGACAAAACACAGUGGACAUCCGCUUUGCUAGAGGAAAUCGACGCCGAUCAAAUUCCUGCGUUUUACGGAGGCACAAUGACCGAUCCCGAUGGUGAUCCCAAAUGCCCUAGCAAGUUCAAUAUGGGAGGUGAGGUACCUCAAUCCUAUUACCUUUGCAACAAUGCUCCGGUCGCUAAAAAAUAUAUGGAGACGCUGCACGUUAUUGCAGGUGUUGGAGGACGGAAGAAACUGAAAUAUAAAAUCGAGAUUGUCCCUUCCGUAAUGAGAUGGGAGUUUAUGACUGAAGGAGGAGACAUUGAAUUUCGAGUUUACAAUAGCAAUUUAAACGAUGAGGAAGAUUUGCUCCCGCCUAACAGGGUCGAUAGCCAUUUGGUGAUGGAAGAGGGUGAGCUAACGUGCCAUCAACCAGGCAAAUAUAUUUUCGAGUUCAGCAACACGUUUAGCUAUUUGAAAACGAAAAAAGUUUACUACCACAUUACUGUCCAUCCACAAUCAUCGGAAAAUGUUUGAAUGUAUUUAAAAGAAAAUUAUUUAAUAAUGUUUGGGUUUGGCAAAUUAUUACGAAAACGGAUACACAUGCGGCAAAUGAUAAAGCAAAAUUGGAAACGAAAAAUACAAUUAUAAUAGAA